AUGUCUGUUUCUGAGAUUGCCUUAGUUCCCAAGUUUCCUUACCAGAGGCUUGGACAUGAUCAAGAAGGCGGCUUUGAUGAUUACGAUGAAGAAGGAUAUCACAGAGACAUGGUUGUGAGAUCGAGGAACAGCUGGUACAGCAGGUCCAAAAGGGUGCCUUCAAGGAGGAGAUCAUUCAGGCUUAAGGUCCCAAGCUUGAGGAGAUUCUUGAGGAGGAAAGUUAGGCUGCUGUCUUCCGUCAGAGUUUCUUGGGGUAGGAUGUUGAAGAGAUUGAAGGAGAGUCAGGCUCACUUUGGUGAUCUUUUCGUUGGAAACUAUCUCUUCAUUCAGGUUAACCCUACUCCAUUGAAGUACCUUAAGAAGGAUCAUCAUCACCUCAAUGGUUUGUCCUCAAGGUACUCUCUUCCAAGAGUUGCUUAA